UUUUGUUCCUUCCAAAAAGAAACAUAGCAUUGAAUAAAGAAUUUUCGUCUGAAGAGAAAAGAAAGUAACCAAGUAUUUUAUUUUGAUUAGAGUUUUGGGAGAUGAGAUUCACGUGGGCCUACGCUCUUAGCAUCACAGUUGUGGUUCUCAUUGUUGCAUCUGCUGUUGCUUCUUGUUUGACUUCUCCAGUUGAAAAGCUUUUGAAAGAUUUCUUGAUAUGGGUUGAUCGUGAUCUUGGGCCAUGGGGUCCACUUGCUCUGGUAGCUGCUUACGUUCCCUUAACUAUCUUGUCUGUUCCACCUUCUGUGCUAACUGUUGGUGGUGGGUAUCUCUUUGGGUUUACAAUAGGCUUUCUUGCUGACUCUAUUGGUGCAACAAUUGGUGCUGCAGUUGCGUUUCUUCUUGGUAGAACAGUUGGGAAUUCACUAGUUAUCUCUAGGUUGAAUGAUUAUCCCAAGUUUAGAAAUGUGGCAAUAGCAAUUCAAAGAUCUGGCUUUAAGAUUGUGUUACUUCUUAGGCUUGUACCAUGGCUACCAUUUGGCAUGCUAAAUUACCUGCUCUCUGUGACUCCUGUUUCAUUAGGGGAAUACACACUAGCCUCCUGGUUAGGAAUGAUGCCAUUAACACUGGCACUUGUAUAUGUUGGAACAACCUUGAAGGAUAUAUCUGAUGUCACGCAUGGUUGGGGUGCGUUAUCAAAGACUCAUUGGGCUCUCAUCAUAUUAAGCCUUGUAAUAUCUGUGAUUCUGAUGAUAUGUGUUACCAGAGUAGCCAAGUCAGCUUUAGAUAAAGCCUUAGCUGAAUGUGAAGAGAAUCAAGAUAUAGACAUAGAAGGCACCGGUACCUUGCAACAGUUAGCCGCUGAUUCAUCUGCAGAUCUUAAUCAGCCUCUCAUAAUAUCAGAUCAGGCCAAUGGCAAUCAACAGAAGUAAAAUCUGUGCAUAAAUUCUUUCAAAGUUUAUUAUUUACUUUCUCCUUUUUCUUUUCACAAUUUUUUGGUGUUGGCUAAUUGUUCUACUUGUAAAUUUCAACAAUAGUAAUGCAGGAUGUUACAGAAAUGCUUAAUAAUAUAAUCAAGA